AUGUCCCUAUCAAACUGGAGACAAUUUCAAUUCUAUGAGAGCGUCCCAAUUAAAGAUCCAGAGUUAGGGAGCGACGAGCCACUUUAUUCAGAUCCAACAUUAUGCGCAUCUGCCCCUGUUGAUGCAACUGAGCUUUUCAUCGCGGUUAAAUCAACAUACAUUAAACUCAUAAAUUUGGCAGAAUCAAAAGUGACCUAUCAUUUUAAUGCAUUUGAAGAAGAUUAUCAAAUAACGUGUUUAAAAGUUAUUGAUAAAAUAUUUCUAGUCGCAAUUGGCGAAUGUAUUGGAAAACCCUCAUUGAUAAAAGUUUACAAAUUGGAUAAGCUUCCUAGUAAUCCAACUUCAUAUCAUUCUUUAGUAGAAUUAAAGAAUGGUAGUAAUACGUACCCAAUAUCAGUAAUCUCAAUUUCGAAUGAUUUAUCUUGCAUUGCUGUGGGUUAUGUAAACGGGAAAAUAAUCCUAAUAAGAGGCGAUAUUUCAAGAGAUAGAGGGUCAAGGCAGCGAAUGAUUUAUGAGGAUUCUGGGAAAGAACCAAUAACAUCUUUAAAUCUUAAUCGUGACGCAAGUAUUUGUUUUGCAUCAACGACAUCCAGGACUUUGUUGUUCAAUACAACUGGAAGAAAUAAAGGAUCACCUGAUCUUAUACUGAACGCCCAAAAGGGGGUUGAUUUAAAUUGUAGUUGUCUGAAUCCUUUCACAGAUGAAUAUAUUUGUUUUACAGAUGACUCUAUUGAAUUCUACAAGGAGACAGGGGAAAAGCAUAAGAUAUUAUCCGAUCUUGCAGUACCGAAACGUAUAUUCCCAGUUUCUAAAGAUGAUAUAGUUUUUGUUAUUGAAGAGAAACAGACUCAAAAUAUCUCUGUAAACGGUGGUUCAUUUUCUACUCUUAACAGAGUAAUUGUAAUUGAUACGUUGAACCAGGUAAUAUCUAUGAGUAUUUAUAUCUCACAUGCUAUCAUCGAUAUAUUCCUUGUGAAUGAUGGUAAGAAUGAUAUAUUAUUUAUGUUAACAUCCGAGGGGGUUCUUUAUCGAAUCACAAAAAAGAGCAUACAUGAACAACUUAAUAUUCUGAUGCAGAAAGAGGCCUUCCAAUUUGCAUUAACACUAUCAAAACAACAUAAUCUAAACGCAUUAGAAAUAGAGAAAAUUCACAAAAGUUUUGGUGACUUUCUUUACAAAAAGGGGAAGAAAAAUGAUGCAACUAAAGAAUACAUUCAAUGCCUCGAUGUCAUUGAAACAAGUGAAGUAAUAUCGAAAUUUGGUAUAGAUGGAAAUCCAGACACAAAUAACACUGAAAAUUUAGCCGAUUUUAUCUGGUCACUGAUCAAAAAGAAUAUUGCUAAUUCGGAUCAUGUGACGUUAUUACUUGUUGUCCUCAUCAAGUUGAAAGAUGAGAAAGGCAUGGAUUACUUUCUCCAGCACUUCACAAGAGCUGGAACAUUUGAUGCAACAGGUAAUGCCGAAGAUUUGAACGAUGAAGAAUAUUUCUAUUCUGAUGUACCCGUCUUUGAUCUUUACCUGAUCGUAACACUGUUGAAAAAUUCAGCCUUUAAUAAGAAAGCCUACUUUUUUGCAAAGAAGUUCGCUAAAGAUCCAUUAACCAUAGUGAGCAUACUUCUAUCGACUCUUAAUGAUCCAUCAGGAGCCUUAGAGUAUGUUAGAAGUCUUCCAAUCGACGAUACUCUAAGAGCAUUGGUUAGCUAUUCUAAGACCUUACUACAAGAACUUCCAAAUGAGACAAAUGCCAUUUUAAUCGACGUCUUUACCGGCAAGUAUAAACCAAAAGAAUAUAGGGAUGAUAACAUCGAACCAGUUACACCUGAUGAAACUACUACUAGUGAUUUGAAAAAAGUUUUUUACAGCUAUACGACAUUUUUCAAUUAUAUGAAUAAGACAGUAAAUCCAUUGCUUUCUGAGGAGCAUACACUGGACGCUAUAAACACCCCAACCUAUCAUCCACCGAAGCCAUCAAUUGUGUUCUCAUCCUUCCUCUCGAAACCCUUUGAGUUUGUUGUUUUCUUGGAGGCUUGUUUAGAUAGUUAUCAAAGAUACGAGGGAUUUAACAAUGACAAGCAAGACAUUUUGACAACUCUUUACGAUUUAUAUUUGAAUCUAUCAAACACAGAUAUUGAAGAACGUCGACAUGAUUGGAAAUCAAGGGCAAGAAAGAUCCUGAAACAAAGUAAUGAGUUGGUGGCACUACAAGAAGCUGCAACUCAAGCCUCCACCACAAAUAAACAGUUUGAUAACUCGUUGAUGAUGUUGAUAUCACACAUGAAUAAAAUUGAUCCAUAUUCGAUGCUCGAAGAGGAAGAUGGAGAACCCAUGAUUGUUGGAAAUAAUCCGAAUGAAUUAGAUUACAUUAGUCUAUUCAAAUUUAUGACAUUGACAGAUUCAGCCGUGAACUGUUUUAAAUUCUUCCAGAAAUAUUCUUCCCGAGAGCCGGGUUUGAAUAGAAUUGCAUUAAUAUUUUUUGUUUCCUCCAAACAUAUCCUUAAAGAAAUUGGAGGUGAAUUGGUGCUCAAGGAAGAGGUGCUUAAUAAAAUCAUCGAGGAUGAGUUGAUGUCUGUUUUGGAAAUUAUUCAAGUAUUAUCCACUACAAACGUAGCGACAUUUGGUUUAGUCCAAGAUUUACUAAUUAACUAUGUUAAUAAGGAGGAAAUAGAAAUUAAUAAAAAUAGGAAGUUAAUAGAAUCAUACCAACAGGAGCUCACAGAAAAAAAUAAUAAGUUAAAGGAACUAUUACAAACCACUGAACCUAUUCAUAUUGGGAUCAAGAAUCAAAAGUGUUUUAUGUGCAACGGCGUUCUCGAUCUACCAAUAGUAUUUUUCAAAUGUGGCCACAUAUACCAUCAAAGAUGCCUAAACGAGGAAAAUUCUGCUAGGGAUGGGGAAAAGCUGUUCAAGUGCCCUAAGUGCAUGGUUGAGUUGGAAACAGCCAAUAAUCUAUAUUUAGCCCAAACUGCGAUCGCGCGUAAAAAGGGUCAAUUAGAGAUUUUAUUAGAAAAUGACGGCAAAAAUGACCGUUUUAAAGGGAUAACAGAUUUCAUCGGUAGAGGUGGGCUAGAAUUCUCACAAUCACUACUUUAA